AGGAGCUUCACUAAAACAAUAAAACCCUGAAAAUCCCACUUCCUGUCUCUCGAUCGCCAUUUUAAAGAUGUCGGUGUUCUUCAAGCGACUAGGAAAAACUGUACCAAUCACAUUUUCCAAUGCAUUUCAAGGCAAAUCGCAAUCAAAUUCAAACAAUUUCCCAAAUCCAUUUGGAGCAAUCGCUGCCAUAUCCGGUGGAAUAUCGUACUUUUAUUACUUUUCUGAACCAAAUUUGGUCCAUUUAGAUCCAAUCAAAAUCAACAAGGAACCAGGUCCAAAAUCUGCUCUUGAUCCUAAAAAAUGGCAACCGUUUAAGCUACAAGAUAAGGCCACAGUCAGCCACAAUACCCAUAUAUACAGAUUCUCUUUUGAUCCUAAUCUGAAAUUGGGACUCGAUGUUGCAUCAUGCCUCAUUACAAGGGCUCCAUUGGGAGAAGAUGCCGAUGGGAAAAGAAAAUAUGUUAUUCGCCCGUAUACACCUAUAUCGGAUCCAGAUUCUAAAGGUUACUUCGAUUUGAUGAUCAAGGUUUAUCCUGAAGGAAAAAUGAGCCAAUAUUUCGCAAAAUUAAAGCCAGGGGAUAUAGUUGAAGUGAAAGGCCCUGUUGAGAAAGUUAGAUACACUCCCAAUAUGAAGAAACACAUUGGCAUGAUUGCAGGUGGAUCAGGAAUCACUCCAAUGCUUCAAGUGAUUGAGGCUAUUCUUAAGAAUCCUAAUGACAAUACCAAAGUAUCUUUGGUUUAUGCAAAUGUAUCCCCGGAUGAUAUUCUUCUUAAAAAGAGACUCGACAUGCUUGCAGCUACCCACCCCAACUUAAAGGUGUUUUAUACGGUUGAUAAUCCAUCAAAGUAUUGGGUCGGAGGUACAGGUUUUAUAUCAAAGGAUAUGGCCUUGAAAGGCUUGCCUACCCCGAGUGAUGAUACCCUUAUACUUGUGUGUGGUCCACCGGGAAUGAUGCAACAUAUAUCGGGUGACAAGGCAAAAGAUCGGUCGCAAGGCGAGCUAACUGGAUUACUCAAAGAACUUGGAUACACAGAAGAAAUGGUUUACAAAUUCUAA